UAUUAAAUUUAAAUUUAACACCAUCCAUUACAGUGACCCAUGGGUACAAGUGCACUUAUAACCUACUGUACAGCAGAUCAACACCCACUUCCCCACCUUUUUUACCCUUGACUUCCAAAUCAGAUCUAAUUUAGCACUAACUAUACCAGAAAUCGUAAUUAAUGUUAAUGAUUGAAACUUUACCUAUUUGCUAUUACUACUCCAAAAGGCGAUGUUUCAGACUGAAAAACACACCACAAUGUAAAUCCGUAAAUAUUGAUUUCUCUGCUCAGAAUUUAAAACCAACAAAAAAAGAAACUUUCCUAAUAGAAACCAUUUUCAAUAAAUAUUGGUUGUACGUAGGAAUGUUAUUUGAAAGCGAUGAAAGAGGCUGUCGUAGCUUAUUCAUUGCACGAUGUGUACGCGAUACAUAAUAAAUUACCGAUACUAGACACUCCAUUGCGAAAAGAACUUCGAAAGGAUAGUGCAUUAUGGAAUAAAUCAAUGAUGCGGGCUGCUUCGUUCCUUCGAGAUAACUUGCACCAAGCCAACCCUUUGAUAGCAGAAAUGAUCAACAUUUGGCACAGAAAUUUCGAACCAACUCAAGUAUUUGAUUAUACAGAAAUGGCAGCCAGAGGUAUUUUGAAAUAUACUUUACCCGAAUAUAUGGUCCAUGUAGAGAAAUGCAUUGCUGAUGCCAGUGUUUUUAUAAGGAUCAAAUGGUUCGAAAGUGUACAACAAUUAUUCCAACAACAUGUAGAGGGUGAAUCAUAA